AUGUCUCUCGCCACGCCCUUCAAAUCCGCCAGCGAAAUGCUGGAAUAUAUCCAAGCCAACCAGGUCGAUGAGAAAGCCCUGAGAGAAGGAUUUGCUUUCGACGGCUCCUCCAUCCGCCUGUUCGCCACAGUUGCGUGCUCCGACAUGUCCAUGAUUCCUGAUCCCAAGACAUGCUGGAUUGAUCCCUUUCAAGACCACAAAGUGAUGCACGUCACGUGCGACAUCAGCGAUCCGAAUGGAAAGCCGCUCGAACGGUGCCCGAGGCGCAUUGCUCAGCGGUGUGAAGCUUGGGUGACGUCGCUCGGCCUAGCAGAUGCGGUGUACAUUGGUCCGGAAGCGGAAUUCUUUAUUCUCGACGACGUCCAGUACACUUGCUCCCCUAACAAAAUCAGCUACGAAAUCGACUGCGAAGAAGGCACCUGGAACAGCGGCGCUACGCUGACGGCCCCCGCCGGCUACCGGAACCUCGGGCACCGCAUGCCCCACAAGAAGUGGUACUUUCCGGUGUCGCCGAUCGACAAGCACGCGAAUCUGAGGACGGAGAUGCUGCUGACGAUGGGCGACUUGGGUUUGCCGAUUGAAAAACACCACCACGAGGUCGGAUGCUGCCAACAUGAGUUGGGGUUCACGUUCCGCACCCUUGUGGACGCCGCCGACCUGAUGAUGGUGUACAAGUACGUGGUGAAGAAUGUCGCGCAGAAGGCGGGGAAGACUGCCACGUUCAUGCCGAAGCCGAUGGCGGGCGACUGCGGUUCCGGCAUGCACAGCCAUCAAUCCCUGUGGAAGAACGGGACGAAUCUGUUCUUCGACGCCAAGGGCAGUUACAUGAAACUGUCCCAGCUCGCCAUGUGGUACAUCGGCGGCCUCUUGAAGCACGCACAUGCAGUCCUCGCCUUCUCGAACUCGACGACAAACUCGUACAAGCGCCUCGUGCCCGGAUACGAGGCUCCAACCAAACUGACCUACUCCAAGGGCAAUCGCAGCGCUGCGAUUCGCAUUCCUCUCUGCGACGGAGACAACCCGAAAGCGAAGCGCCUGGAAUUCCGGUGCCCCGACGCUGCAGGCUGCCCUUACCUUUGCUUCGCGGCCAUGGUCAUGGCUGGCGUCGACGGAAUCCGCAACAAAAUCGACCCGCCUCCUCCUGCAGACUGCGACGCUGCCGAGGUGGACUCCCCUCUUGUUCGCAGCACACCGUCCUCGUUGAGCGAGGUGCUAGAUGCCUUGGAAACCGACCACGACUUCCUGCUCGAAGGCGGAGUCUUCACCAGGGACUUUAUUCACGCCUACAUCGAGAUGAAGCGUGCCGAAGUCGCAGCCGUGCAGCUCACACCACACCCGCGGGAGUACGAGCUCUACUACCAUUGCUAG